AAAAUACUUCAAACUACAGGGCGUUGAAACUGCAUUGAAAAUUAUUAAAAUCAGAAGAUCUGAUAAUUUAAAUAAGAAGGGACUAUAGAUAUUUCGUAAGAUACAAAUUCUACUUUCUAUGUGAGGCCCAUUGGAACUUCAUCCGCAAUUCUUUUGACAUGACAAAGUUGACAGCACUCCAAUCGAAUCUAUUCAAGCAAACUGGUUUCAGUUGCCCCACUCCACUUGGUCAUCUUUCCAAAACGACCAGUCCAAGUUCGGCUUCCUGAGGAGGUGGUAGGUGAAGUCGAAAUGUGCUCCGUCGAAGGCUUUCGAGCCCUGUUCACGUUUUGCAUUCUAGUUCUGUGGUGCGAAGCUGCUCCACCGAUCCAAGAUGAGGCACUGCAGCAACUCAGGCAGUUGAGUUUGACCCAGGCGAAGCUCAUUGUGGAUAACUCUUCCGCCAAGUGCAGCCUGAUCCCGAAUCUUUGCGACUGGCAACUGCAUCUGUACGAGGGCCACGUAUUCAGUGUGCCACUUAUCCAGCCCAUGGAAAAUCCCACCACGCCAGCACCGUCGAAGUUUAAUCAAGAAGUCUUUGGAUUGGCCCGUCAAGAAAAUGGACCGCAGCUGUUUAUUGUGGCCGAUGUUGAGCCCAAGUCGAGACGAAAAGUGCGAGGAAAAAGAAAACUCCGGCGACGAUUCACUCUUAAUCACUUGAGUAAACAAAAAUUUGUCCUGCUGGUCGUUCAAUAA